CCCGCCGCGCGCCCCCUGGCGUUUGGACUCCGGGCCGCCGGCGUCCGCCCGCGUGUCCCUCCCUGCUUGGUGCUCGCUGCGCGUCUGCAGCCUGUGACCUCGGGGCCUCCGUGCGGCGGGUGCUCGAGCCCGGCGUGGCGGCAGCUCGGUGGCUCGCAGCCCACAAACCACGCCGGAGGCAGCCGGGUUGAGAGGCGUGGGGAGGCCCCGGACCUGCGGCGGUUCUUCGCGGAGAGCGAGGGAGAAAGCCGGGUGCGCGGCAGGAAUGGGCGCGGGGACGCCUCCCCUAGGCGAUACGGAACACUGGGGGCGCUCUCUUCAUUUCAGGAUUGGGAAUACAUGCCACACUCACCUGCUCAACUGAGAAAGGAGUUACCAUGCCAGGUAAAGGGAAAAGAGGAAAAGGCCGGGGCAAGUCCCGCGGGAAGAAGCAGAAGAAGCAGGAAGUGGACAUCCUCAGCCCGGCGGCGAUGCUGAACCUCUACUACAUCGCCCACAACGCGGCCGACUGCCUGCACCUGCGGGGCUUCCGCUGGCCAGGGGACCCCAAGGCAAAGAAAGGGAAGAACAAGACUUAAGUGGCAGCGUUUCACCAGCACACAUCUCUCCCACAGAGAGCAGGAUCGGGAGCGGAGAAGGCAGGGUAACACAACUGUUGCAAGCAAAGUGGACUUGCUAAAGGCAACUUGAGAUGGCAGCUUUCUGUGGCAGGGAGUGGUAAAGAGAGGCAUUUCACUUCCUCAGCUCAGUCCGGCUAUGGUUAGCCAGUCUGGUUCUUCAGAAGUUAAGGGGGAAGAGACUGAGUAGGACUUAAAAUAGUCACUACAAUCCUGGAUCAGAAUUAAACCUUGCUCUCAAAAGGCA